AUGGCGGCCAGCCAAGGGCAGAGCCAAAAAGCAAGCGCACAGCAACCUCACUUUCUGGAGCCUGUGAAGCCUAUAGAUCGACGUCGCAUCCUUUCUACCAUAGAGCUCACAGCCGCGCUUUCCUCGACCCACUGUAGUGCGAAGACACCCACACGUCGGUCAAGUUCUCGCUUAGGACGGGACGACGGAGAAUUCGCAGAGUACAUGUUUACCCUGCUCGGCAUAACAAAAGAGCUUAUCCACCAGAUUCUGUUGCUCAAAGGCAUCUCGACACGACACGAAUACCACGCUCACAACACCCUAGACUUGCACAAGACAACGACCGACGCUCAGACCGCUGCCAACGAGGAACGAACCGCGCCACGCCACGCCACGCCACGCCUGUCCUGUCCCCACCGCUUUUACGGCUCUUCCGACGAUCGCCAAUACACCCUUGCGUUCGACAACGUUUCGCUGUUUGGCUCUACCGACCCUUCCGAGAGACGAAUCCCUUUGAUCUUUUGA